CGCCGCGCACGCGCGUGCCCGCGCUCCUUGCGUGGCUGCCCCGGGAGCGGCGCCGGGAGCGGGGCCGGGGCGCGUCCUGCGGGAGCGGGAGCGGGAGCGGUGCGGGCCGUGCGCUGCGAGGGGAAGGGGCGGCAGCAUGUCGGCGGCGGGCGGCGGUCCCUGCGGCCCGGGCGCGGCCGGCCCGGCCUCGGCGGCGGCGGGCGGCGGCGUGUCCAUGUUCCGCUGGCUGGAGGUGCUGGAGAAGGAGUUCGACAAGGCGUUCGUGGACGUGGACCUGCUGCUGGGCGAGAUCGACCCCGACCAGGCCGACAUCACCUACGAGGGGCGGCAGAAGAUGACGAGCCUGAGCUCGUGCUUCGCCCAGCUGUGCCACAAGGCUCAGACCGUGUCCCAGAUCAACCACAAGCUGGAGGCACAGCUGGUUGAUCUGAAGUCUGAGCUGACAGAAACACAGGCAGAGAAAGCAGUAUUGGAAAAGGAAGUGCACGAUCAGCUUUUGCAGCUCCACGCUGUUCAGCUUCAGCUACAUGCCAAGACUGGUCAGAAUGUUGACUCUGGGGCUAUUAAGGCAAAACUGUCUGUCCUGUCUGUGGAUGAAAUGGAGAGAGAACUUGAAGCUAACAAGAAGGAAAAAGUCAAAGAAGCUCAGCUGGAAGCUGAGGUGAAGUUGCUGAGGAAGGAGAAUGAAGCCCUCCGCAGACACAUAGCUGUGCUUCAGGCUGAGGUUUAUGGAGCAAGAUUGGCAGCCAAGUAUUUAGAUAAGGAGCUAGCUGGAAGGGUCCAGCAGAUUCAGUUACUGGGCCGGGAUAUGAAAGGACCUGCUCAUGACAAGCUGUGGAACCAGCUGGAAGCAGAAAUACACCUUCACCGCCACAAAACUGUCAUUAGAGCUUGUCGAGGUCGGAACGAUCUCAAACGACCAAUGCAAGCACCACCAGGACAUGAUCCUGAUGCCUUAAAGAAGAGUCAAGGUGUUGGUCCAAUCAGAAAAGUUUUGCUAGUUAAAGAAGACCAUGAAGGACUAGGAAUUUCAAUCACAGGUGGGAAGGAGCAUGGUGUUCCAAUACUGAUCUCUGAAAUCCAUCCUGGGCAGCCUGCUGAUCGAUGUGGAGGACUGCAUGUUGGUGAUGCUAUUCUGGCAGUAAAUGGAGUUAAUCUGAGAGAUGCCAAGCAUAAAGAAGCUGUAACUAUUCUUUCCCAACAGAGAGGUGAAAUCGAAUUUGAAGUGGUGUAUGUUGCUCCAGAAGUUGAUUCGGAUGAUGAAAAUGUAGAAUAUGAGGAUGAGAGUGGACACCGUUACCGUUUAUAUCUUGAUGAAUUGGAAGAAGGUGCAAAUUCAAGUACUAAUAGGAAAGAUGCAAAUGUGGAUGUCAAACCCUCACAAGUGUUUGAUAAGAAGCCAAGUAUUGAUGGACAUGAAAAUGGAGACCUGGGAAAUUCAGUUGAAGCUUCUUUAGAAGACACUGCAUCCAAGUUAGCCCGUUCUGCUGAGUCAUUAUCCUAAAAACUAUAAAAAAAAAAAAAAGACAGCAAAACCUGGACUGAUCCCAUCUUUGGGAGCAAUUGAUAAUCAAUAUUGACUGCUUAAAGUUGCAUAUACUAGUAUAGGUUGUAAAAGGAUGAUUAAAUGUCAAAAGGAACUGUAUUACUGUUGCCUGGAAAAAAGGCGGUUACCUCAGGGCUUCAUUGUGAGCAAUUCUAAAUGUGGAAAACUGUCUUUUGCGUGACACACAGUAGUUAUUGAACACACAGCAUGUGAAAUGAAUUUCUUUUAAUAAUAAAAGAGUAGUCCCACCAAAGAGUGGGAUUUUUAAAGUGGAUAACCUCAGUACGUUCCACUUUUAAUCUCAUUGAUGUCCC